AUGUCUGUUGAGAGCAAGGGACUAACGCAGUUGCCACCAGAUAGGUCAGCUAAAUCAACGUCAUUAUCCAUAUUUGGACAAGAACCUAACAUGGAAAUGGUACAACCAGACGCUGCUACUGCAGCAUCAUCGUUCUCUGACGCCCUGCCAAACACCGAGGAAACACCCGAAAAGCCGUCCUCACCACCAUCUGUUAUGAAAAAAAGCAAAUGGGCAGUCGUCAAAACUGCAAAUCAUCGUAUUUUACCUCAACACUCGAUUGGAGCGGUCAAACUACGCAACAUCAUCGAGGAACUCAAUAAAAUUUCAGUUGAAGAACGAGGAGUUCCGGAAGACAAUGGAAUAUCAGUGAUGGACUCCUGGAAGUGGGUUCGACAGUCUCGCCGACGUUUAGCGAAUUUUGUUCAGCAGCCUAAAUUCCACUAUACUAUUAUUAUACUGAUUAUCGUCGAUUUGAUGAUAGUGUUUGUCGAUUUAGUUCUCGCACAAUUAUCAUUGCCGUGUCUAAGUGAUGAAGAAAUGGAACUUUACAAUACAACCGAACAGCGAGAUGAAUGUCUACUCGAAACUUCGAUUGAUCUACAGCGUGGCGAAUUAUUCCUUUACUAUUUUUCUGUUGCGCUACUUAGCAUAUUUUUGCUCGAAGUUUUUAUUUCUUUCUACGCUUUUGGAUGGCGUCACUACAAGAAUCCGCUUUAUUUGCUCGAUGCCGCCAUUGUAUUUGCCUCCUUUAUCAUGGAACUCUACUUUCAUUUUGGAAAUGUUGGCAGAGCUGGACGAGCUGCUGCGGCUUUUGUCGUAUUGCGUCUAUGGAAAAUUGUUCGAGCUAUUCACGCUAUUGCUCAUUCGAUAUCGCUCAAAAACCGUAUACUCAUUAACAAAAUUGAAGAUGCUCGAACAAUACUGAAAGAGGAAAAAGAGCAAGCCGAAAAGACACUUGAAAAACAAGAAAUCAAAAUCGAGUAUCUCAUGAACUUGCUGAGAAAGACCAGGAAGCUGCCUACUCCAGAGCAAAUCGAUGCAUAUGUGGAGAAUGCAUGGCAAGAAAGGACAAAAAAUGAUGCAAGAUCCAUGGUCGAUUAA